AUGGCGCCUCCAGCACCCGUCUACAUCCUCUCCUCCGUCCGAACACCAGUCGGAGCUUUCCAGAGCUCUCUGGCCUCACAAACAGCCAUCCAGCUUGGCUCACACGCAAUCAAGUCUGCCGUCGAGCGAGCCGGUGUCAGGCCCGAGGAGGUGCAAGAAGUCUUCUUCGGCAACGUCCUCUCAGCAAACCUCGGCCAGAACCCAGCUCGACAAUGUGCCAUCUACGCCGGGCUGCCAGAGUCGACCGAGGCCACCACCGUCAACAAAGUCUGUGCCUCGUCGAUCAAGGCCAUGGCUUUCGGUGCCGCCACCAUCCUCACCGCCGAAGCAGACGUUGUUGUUGCUGGUGGAACUGAGAGCAUGAGCAACGUGCCCCACUACCUGCAAUCACUCCGCAACGGAGCCAAGCUCGGUGACCAGACACUCGUCGAUGGUCUGCUCAAGGAUGGUCUGACCGAUGUCUACAAGAACGAGCACAUGGGCAUGCAGGGCGAGGAGUGCGCAGAGGACCACGGCUUCGGCAGAGAAGAGCAGGACGAGUACUGCAUUCGCAGCUACAAGAAGGCACGACACGCACAACAAAGCGGCUGGUUCGCAGAGGAGAUUGCACCGGUGGUCAUCAAGGGUACCCGAGGCAAGCCAGACACUACUGUCGACAAGGACGACGAGCCCAACAAGUUCAACGAGGAGGCCACGAGGAAACUGCGACCUGCUUUCAAGAAGGAAGGCGGUACCGUCACGCCUGCCAACGCCUCGCCACUCUCCGAUGGUGCUGCUGCUGUCGUUCUCGCCAGUGAGGAAUAUGUGAAGAAGAACAACCUCAAGCCCCUCGCCAAGAUCCUCGGCUGGGGAGAUGCUGCACAGAACCCGAGCAAAUUCACCACCGCUCCUGCCCUUGCCAUCCCCAAGGCGCUGAAGCACGCCGGCAUCAGCCAGGAUCAGGUCGACGCUUUCGAGAUCAACGAGGCCUUCUCCGUUGUCGCAUUGGCAAACAUGAAGCUGUUGAACAUCGCCGAGGACAAGGUCAACCUUCAUGGAGGUGCCGUCGCACUGGGUCACCCACUUGGUGCAUCUGGAGCUCGUAUUGUCGCCACGCUCCUUGGUGUCCUCAAGGAGAAGAAGGCCAAGAUUGGUGUUGCUGGUAUCUGCAACGGAGGUGGUGGCGCAUCUGCUAUUGUCAUUGAGAGACUAUAA